AGGAAGAAAUGGAAUGGGAAGAGAAAGAUCUGAGAGAGACCCCACUGAGAAAGGAAAACAAAAGUCAUUCGUGAGAAAAUACUGUCGAGAGCGCCAACCCAGAGUGUCAUCUUCUCCUCACACGCCGUCCAAUGGUUAUCUCGCCGGCGCCAUCUCCGACGAUUUUUUCGAAGGCAAGCUCAGAUUUUGCAUCCUCUGGCGAUUUGCGUUCAUUUUUUAACCAUUUUUGUCUUCUUUGAGCUCCCCCUUCAAAUCUCACCGUUGUCUACCUUCAUCCCUGCUCGUCCUGACCAAUUUUCAUCGCCAGAAAACGGCUGAUCUACCGUUCAAGGCGUUGUUCUUCCAUAUCGACAGCCAUUUGCGUUCAUUUUAACGUUGGAGCUCCAGAUCUGGCUUCCGGCGUCUGCCUCUUCCAGAUCUGGCGUUUUAUUUUUGAUUUGUUUCAGGUCAUCUCAAGCAAACCAAGUAGGGGAUUUUUAGCCUGAGGUCAAUUGUUAAAACUUGCAGUGAGUGAGCUGUAAGCUUAACAUGGAUGCUUCGGUGAAGAACAAAGUUAGUGACUCCUAUAAUGAAACACUUGACAUACCAAGAGCUGGAUUUGAUUUGGGAGUAUUUGUUGGUGAUUUGGCUUUUGAGGAGGAUGCAAGCAGCAGUGAUGAUUUGUCUCUUGAAGGACUUCAAGAAGAACUGGAAGAAUGUAAGAAUGAUGAUGUGGUUGCAAAUAUAUUGUCUAAAGGCACAAAACUGCGGGAGUAUGCAAAGGGUGUUGAAAACAAUGUACGACAGGUUGAAUUGGACUCUAUUCAGGAUUAUAUAAAAGAGAGUGAUAAUUUAGUCUCCCUUCGAGAUCAAAUUCAUGAUUGCGACAGCAUCUUAUCCCAGAUGGAAACCCUUCUUGGUGGAUUUCAGGCUGAGAUUGGUUCUAUUAGUUCAGAAAUAAAAAGUCUUCAGGAGAAGUCCAUGGAUAUGGGUCUGAAGCUGAAGAAUCGGAAGGUUGCAGAAUUGAAGUUGGCAAGAUUUGUUGAAGACAUUAUUGUUCCACCGAGAAUGGUUGACAUAAUUGUUGAUGGAGAGGUUAAUGAUGACUAUAUGAGAACUCUUGAAAUUCUAAGUAAGAAGCUGAAGUUUGUUGAAGUUGAUCCUAUGGUCAAGUCAUCAAAAGCCCUGAAGGAUGUUCAGCCUGAGUUGGAAAGGCUAAGGCAAAAGGCAGUCUCAAAGGUAUUUGAGUUCAUUGUUCAGAAACUUUAUGCCUUGAGAAAGCCCAAAACAAAUAUUCAGAUCCUUCAACAGAGUGUUCUUCUAAAGUACAAGUAUGUGGUUCUUUUUCUUAAAGAGCAUGGAAAGGAGGUGUAUAUGGAGGUCCGUGGAGCAUACAUUGACACAAUGAACAAGGUUUUGAGUGCACACUUUCAUGCUUAUAUACAAGCCCUGGAGAAGCUACAGCUGGAUAUAGCAACAGCAAAUGAUUUGAUUGGAGUUGAGACAAGGGCUACAAGCCUCUUUUCAAGAGGAAGAGAACCUUUAAAGAAUCGGUCUGCUGUUUUUGCUUUGGGGGAGAGGAUAAACAUUUUAAAGGAGAUUGACCAACCUGCCUUGAUUCCACAUAUAGCAGAAGCAAGUUCUCUUAAAUAUCCAUAUGAAGUACUCUUCAGAAGUUUGCACAAGCUUCUAAUGGACACUGCUACUUCAGAGUACCUCUUCUGUGAUGAUUUCUUUGGGGAAGAAUCUAUAUAUUAUGAAAUUUUUGCAGGUCCUUUUUCUGUUAUUGAUGAACAUUUCAAUUCAGUACUUCCAAAUUGUUUUGAUGCUAUUGGCCUUAUGAUCAUGAUCCGCAUCAUACAUCAACAUCAGCUCAUUAUGUCCCGACGGCGGAUUCCAUGUUUGGAUUCAUACCUAGACAAGGUCAAUAUUGCACUAUGGCCUCGUUUCAAGAUGGUAUUUGAUUUGCAUCUUAACAGCCUGCGUAAUGCAAAUGUGAAGACCUUGUGGGAGGAUGAUGUCCACCCUCAUUAUGUAAUGAGGCGAUAUGCUGAGUUCUCAGCCUCACUUGUUCACCUCAAUGUUGAAUAUGGAGAUGGCCAGCUUGAUUUGAACUUGGAUAGACUGCGAAUGGCUGUCGAUGAUCUUCUCAUUAAGCUUGCACAAUUGUUCCCCAAGCCAAAGCUGCAAACAGUCUUUCUUAUCAACAAUUAUGAUAUGACAAUUGCUGUUUCGAAGGAAGCAGGUCCAGAAGGUGGGAAGACACAACUGCAUUUUGAAGAACUGCUUAAGAGCAACACAGUGAUAUUUGUGGAAGAACUAUUGAUGGAGCAUUUCAGUGACUUAAUCAAGUUUCUAAAGACCCGCGUGUCCGAGGAUCCAAGUUCUAGCUCAGAGAGGCCAAUCACAGUUGCUGAUGUAGAGCCACUUGUCAAGGACUUUGCUAGCAGAUGGAAAGCUGCAAUUGAACUUAUGCACAAAGAUGUCAUCACUUCUUUCAGCAACUUUUUGUGUGGCAUGGAGAUCUUGAAAGCUGCAUUGACCCAACUGCUGCUUUAUUACACCAGAUUCACUGAUUGCAUCAGGCGGAUUGUUGGUGGUUCUGCAUUGAACAAGGACCUAGUUUCUAUAUCUUCAAUUAUGUACGAAAUCAAGAAAUACUCGAGGCCUUUCUAAUUCUGUUUUGUAGGUUAAACAAGAGCCUUUAAAAUCCCUUGUUCUUUUUGGAACGCCAAAGGAUUUUGAAAAAAGUUGCUUUGAUAAUCUCCUAUUUACCAUUUUGUUUCCCAUUACUACCCCUGUUUAUGAAGAUGAUCUGAUGCAAGGUUGAAGGAUAUAGAAGCGACAGGAGAGGCCAAAAAUUGGUUGAGAUAAUGAGGGUUAUCUGAGGGCACAAAAUGAGGAAACUGGAUUUGUGUAUCCAACCCCACGUAGUUGGGUUAAGCUUUGUUGAGUUGAGUCCUGUUGUUUACGGCAUGACUCAACUAUUUAUCAGCUAGUGUCAGGUGAGUCUUCAUCUGCUUGAUUUUA